CCGAUAGCCUGACGGCAAGCAAACGACCUCUACUUUAGCAUAUGAAAUAUUAACUUUCUCACAAUUUGUUAUAUGUUUUUGUGUUUUCGGUGGCUACUGAAAACCGUUCUAUGACUAACAUUUAUAGGAUAACGUUUAGGUAACUGUAAAUCCUGUGGUUUAUAGGCUGUUACAUUAGGACAGCCUUGUAUUACAUCAGGUUGAGGUUAAUGCUAGCUGCACCAACGUUAGCUCAGGGUGUUUCGUUACUGAAACUUCAGAUUGCAUGUGCUGUGUAAGUGUGAUUCUUUUUCACGCUGAAUAUGAUUAACUUCGUCUCUGGAAGACGUAUUUUUUCUGGGGUUCCAGUAUGGAGAUGUCUUCAGCAAAUAAACAGAGUACCAAACUACAGCACAAAAACUGUGCUGCUUCACACUCGAGCCUCCUCUGUCUUUAUGUCAUUCAGACCAUCUACCACCAGCAGACUGUUGAACAUCAAACCUGUGAGCUGGCACACAUCACAUCUCUGCCACGAGGAUUCAAGAGGCAAAUCAGAGAGAAGUGACAGCAAAGAGGGUUUCAGUUUAAGAGCCCUCGCCAAGGCUCCCAAACCAGCUCUGUACCUGGGAUUUUCUGGUCUCAUCCCCUUUAUCUCUGCCCCUUUUCUCAUGGCUGCCACACAAUCUUUCCACCCUGAAGUGGCUUAUGCUCAAGUGGUGUACGGAGCUUCUAUAGUGUCGUUCCUGGGAGGUGCCCGUUGGGGGUUUGCCAUCCCAGCUGGUAGUCCCGCACAGCCAGACUGGAUGAAUUUGGGUAACAGUGUGGUGCCGUCGCUUCUGGCCUGGCUGGCGUUGCUCUGCAGGGACAACAUAGCUGAAGGAGCUCUAGUUGUUGUAAUGGGACUGGGCCUGUCACUGCAUUACGACCUGACUCUUCUGCCUGGCUACCCUGCCUGGUUCAAAGCCAUGCGAACUGUUCUCACUCUGGUUGCCACCUUUUCUCUGGUUGCCACGUUGGUGCUUAAAAAGCUCUGUCCAGACAAGAAGUUCAUAGAGACUAAGAAGUGAUUUUAAGAGGAUAGUUUGUCUCUUUAACUGCAUGAACAUAAGAAUGGAAAACAUCAGGUGAACGUCUGCAGACAGUCGUUGUGGUGCUACCGUUGAAUGAGCCAGUUUUGCUCUUAUGUAAAUAAUACAUAAUAAUUUGAAAAUAAAUAGCAGUUGUUUCCUGGGUUGCAAAAUAUCUGGUGAAAUUCCCAUCUCAUGAGGAGUUAAAUACCUAAAUAUAGCAAAGAACAAACAAUGGGCUUAAGAAUUCCUUUAACACAUGCAGAAUCAUGCUCUUUGCUGCACUAAACACAGGGAAAAAUACUCUUCUGGAACAUGUGUUUAAACAGAUUAUUUAAACAUCUCUUUUUUUAUGUGAAAAGUUGAGAUAAUAAAAAUCGAGCUUCAGGCAGCUUUUAGUCAAAACAGCUGUAGAAAUUUGUGUGCUUUUGUUUAUAGGAGUUCUAACCUGCUGCCUCGGCUGUGUUAAACAUUAAUUAUUUAUUGGAUUGUUGUUAAUUUUAGCUGCUUCUCACCGGUCAGUCACAUAAAGGUGUUCAUUCUUCUUCUUCUUCACAAACUUUAAGGUCACCAGCUACUUUAUUAGGUACACCUGUUCUUUAAUGUAAAUAUAUAAUUAGCCAAUCACAUGGCAGCAAUUAAUUUAGGCCCGUGAAGUUCAAACUGAGCAUCAGAAUGGGGAAGAAAGGUGAACGUAGCAUGGUUGUUAGUGCCAGACGGACUGAUAUGAGUAACCGCCAAGGUAUCGAGAUGAGUGUCUCUGAACGCAGAGCAUGUCAAACAUUGAAGCAGAUGCGUUACAAGAGAAGAAGACCACACUGGGUGUCACUCCUGUCAGCUGAAAACAGGAAACUGAAGUUCACAUUUAGCACAGGCUCACCAAAAUUGAACAACAGAAGACUGAACAUGGUUCCAUCCUGCUUUGUAUAAACAGUUUAGGCUCACAGUGGUGGUAGUAUAAUAAGUGAGAGAUAUUUUCAUGGCACAGUUUGGGCCCUUUAGUACCAGUUGAGCAUUUUUUAAGCACCACAGCUUACCUGAGUAUUGUCGUUGACCAUGUCCAUCCCUUUAUGAACACAGUGUACCAUCUUCUGAUGGCUGCUUCCAGGAGGAUAAUAUGUGAUGUCACAAAGCUCCUGUCAUCUCAAACUAGGUUCUUGAACAUGUGUUAGACUGUCUGAUGCUAUUGUGUGAAUGUGACUAAAAUCAUAGCGGAAUGUUUCCAGCAACUUGUUGAAUCUAUGCCACAAAGAACACAGCAUAAGCAAGGUGUGCCUAAUAAAGUGGCUGGUGAGUGUAUGACAGGUUGACAAGCAGAAUCAACCUUGUUCACAAGAAACAACCUGUAACACCUAAUUGUUAACAAAGGUAGAAAUGGCUGUCCAUUAAACAGACACACUGGAGUUUUUAUAGCAGAGUUGGAAGUAAGUGAGCCCACAUUUACAGUCUCAGUGUUUUGUAAACAUCAGCUCCAAAUGGAUGAGCCACAAUCCCAGUGAGACGUCCAGUGUAAUUACAGCAAGUGUGACUGCUGUAGUUCGCUUGUUUGCACAAUACAGAAGAAAACUUUCCUGCUUCAAACAGCUUUACAUCCUUGCAACGAAUCUAAUAAUACUAACAUGAUCGUUCACAAAUGAACACAACACACCUACGUACCAUAUCGGGGAGUAAUGUCCUCCUGCAUGCUGGUGUUUGCACAGCACUAUCAGAGGGGAUUAUUACAUUUUAACUACACUGAAAAAGAAGGGAAUAAGGU